AUGGCGGCGGCGGGCGGUGCGGCCGCGGAGCCGCAGCUGGAGCCGCCUCGACGGGGCCCGGCGGAGGGCGAGGAGGCGGCGGCGGCCGAGCUGGCUGCCGAGCUGGCGGCGCGGCGCAGCGCGGAGGCGCGACGGCUGGUGCUGUCGCCGCGGCGGCUGUGGGGCCCGCUGCCUGCCGGGCUGUCGCAGUGGUUCCCGGCGCUGGAGGUGCUGGACGUGAGCGGGACGGGGCUGGCGGAGCUGGGCGAGGAGCUGCUGGCCCUGCCGCGCCUGCACACGUUGCUGGCCAAGAACAACCGGCUGGGCGGGCCCGGCUCGCUGCCCAAGGCGCUGGGGCAGGCCCCGCUGAGCCGCUCCCUGCGCGUCCUCAACCUCAGCGGCAACCGCUUCGCCGAGCUGCCGCCCGCCCUGCUGGGCCUCCGGGGCUUGCAGAGCCUCAGCCUCGGCGGCAACCGCCUGCACGGCAUCCCGCCCGACAUCCAGGAGCUCCGCAGUUUGGAGUUUCUGUACCUUGGAGGGAAUUUCAUUACUUCAAUUCCACCUGAGUUAGCAAACCUGCCUUCUCUAAGCUCUCUAGUGCUAUGUGACAACAAGAUUCAGAGCAUUCCACCUCAGCUGGCACAGCUGCAUUCCCUGCGUUCCCUCAGCCUGCACAAUAACCUCCUGACUUACCUCCCUCGAGAGAUUCUUAACCUGGUUCACCUGGAGGAGCUGAGUUUGCGAGGGAACCCUCUGGUGGUUCGCUUCGUCCGUGACCUGACCUACAACCCCCCAAGCCUUCAGGAAUUGGCAGGACGCACAAUUAAAACUCGCAAUGUUCCCUACGCUCCCAGCGAUCUCCCAGAGAAUCUUGUCCGCUAUCUGAGCUUGGCCAGCAACUGUCCCAACCCUAAAUGCGGGGGUGUCUACUUUGACAGCUGUGUCAGACAAAUCAAGUUUGUUGACUUCUGUGGGAAGUACCGCAUCCCGCUGAUGCACUACCUGUGCUCCCCGGAAUGCUCCUCGCCCUGCAGCUCUGCCUCCCAGAGCUCCACUUCCCAGAGUGAGUCUGACUCUGAAGACGAAGCCAGCGUUGCUGCACGCAGGAUGCAGAAAGUGCUUCUGGGAUAACAGGGAACAAAACAAGAAGAUCGGCAGGAAAAGUGUUUGAAAAGUAAUAAUGGAACAGCAAAACACGAGCCCUUGGCCAGAGGGGCUCACAAGAAACUUUCCUCAAGUCCUUGUAGAGGGCAGAGCACCUUAGCAAGCCUCGGCUUGCUUGCUGCAGCGCUACUUAGGAGAACUAACUGAGUGGAUACUGCCUGUAGGGUACCUGGGGUUGUUAGAGAUGUCUGCUGUCUGGGUGACCCCCUCGUGUGGGCUGGGGAGGGGCUUUGUCCUGACUGGCAGGUCAAGAAGCGUUUAAUAUGUGACACUUCACAGGACUUCAGUCAUCCUGCAGAGCAAAGGGGACUGGCCAGAUCCUUGAACACUGUCGUAAACUGGGAACAGGCUAAUGAUGCCACAUGGGUAUGUGUGGAUCCCAAUGUUUUGUAUAGCAUUUUGAUUCCUUUUUGUCUCCUUUGAUUUCAUUUAUAGAUCUUGAACCCAUCCACCAGAUAUGAGAGCUGGGUUUUUUUGUUGUUCAGGAGUAGAUUUUCCAAACUCUGGUUACUGCUCCUUUGCCUGCAGGCACAGGGUCUCUGUGCUGCUGCAGACAUUACAGCCAUACAACUGAGCCACCUUUUUUUCUCCUUCAUUACACCAGGCUGCCCUUAGUGCUUCCUCCUAACAGUAUUCAUUUUUUUUUCCUCCUUCUGCCUCUUCCUAUUACACUUGGAGCACUGCUUUUUUCUGAUGCCUUCAGAACAUGGAUCGGUUGUUCUGUUGAGACUUGAUAUUUCUCAAACCUGUGGCCGUGUGUGCCUGUGCAUGGGAGCAGAUGUGAUGCUCUCUAGCAUAUGUUUGGGUCUCAGCUUGCUGAAGCUAAUCUACUUUUAUAUCUGAAUUGCAGGAAAAGUCUUAAUUGAUGUUUCCUUUCCUUAAGCAACGAUGUUCCUGUGCUGCAGCAGCUAGCUCUCCUAUGCUUGCUGCAGGGCUACCAUCUAUCUUUAAGCUCAUCUAUUUAAAGCAGAGAGCACCUUAGUGAAUUGGAGGUGCUGAGAGACGUGCUGCAGAGAACAGUUUUUGGAUUUUUUUUUUCUUAUUCUUAACACAGAGGAAAAGCCAGUAAAAAAAACAUAGCACACCUUGUCUUCUGAGCAUCUUGCUGGGGGUGGUUUUGAAGCCCCUUCCUUAUUUGCAUUUGCUCUUGCUGUGAUAGAGCUGGCAGUCUGUCGGAUUAUUCAAGUAACACAUUCACUUAUCUUAAGCUAUGUUGAAAGGAAAUCCACAGAAAAACUUUCAGGAUUUUGAAGUAUAUCACCUGUUGAUGUUUUGCUUAGUGAGAGCUGCUCCUCUCAGUAUUUCCAGCAGACGGUCCUUCUGUUGCAGUCUCAGUACGGUAAAUCCAGCUGUGCCUUUGAAUGCAUGAGCAGAGCAAACAUUUCAUGUUAAGAAGCAAAAUGAACAAGCAUAACUUUACUUAACCCACUUUGGUCCUAAGGGGGUAAUUAAAAACCUGUACUUCUCUCUUGCAUUUGGAAAACACAUGUGCCUGUUAGGAUAUCUUAUGGCAGCUCUGUGCUAAUGGUCCUGUUUAAUUAUGCUUGACACUUUAUUAAAGCACUUUGAUAAUUCUACUCUUUGUAACUAGCUUUAGUGAUUUUUUUUUUUUUUUUUAAGCUAGAAUUUUCCUUUUAAUGUUACCUGACAAGCAAGGUCUGUGAAACUUUAUGCAUUCCAGUCUGUCUCAGUGUGCAGGUUUAACUUCUUGCCUUGCACUUCCUCGAUGGUACUGAUUGCUUCCCUGGUUUCCUUUGCAGAGAACUUGAAUUUGAAAGAAAUUAUCUGCUCAUUAACUAUUGCAACUUACUCUAAAUCCUGCAACCAGCAAGUAUAUAGAGAAUUGAAUGACACAUGCUCUGUGCCUUUCCCAAUCAUUUUCACAAGUGUGUUUUUAAGACAUGUGCAUGUACAAAGCAACUGGAUAUCACUUUAGGAAAUUCUGUGAGGUUCGCUUAGAAAGAAAAACCCUCAGUUUUGAAAAGGAAACAACUGCAUGCUGUUGAUGAAAUAGGGAUUGGUGAGUGGCCAAUGUUUUCUUCAUCUCUUCUUUCAGAUGCAUCUUCAUGUCCUGAUUGAAUCUUGUCAUACAAAUGCUAAAGGACAGUAAACCAAUUGCAGAGCCACAAUUUUAAGUUUAUGGCUGAUUGUAACAGUAGGGAGUAACUACGUGAUCAGGAGUGUGGCUUUUUUUUACCAGUUAAAGUGAACCACGUAAGCUGAGAUUUCAAGAUCUUUUGAGCUCAGGGCUGUGGAGUACUGCCUGCCUUUCUUCUCUUGAGUAGUAGCUCUCUUGAAGUGAUGUAUUUUUCAUAUGAUGAAGUUAGAUUUCACAGCUGCUUUGCUGCCACAGUUCCUGUUUGCACAGUAACACCCAUCUGUGUGACAGGCCAAGAUGAGUGGUGGCUGGUUCUCAUUUUGCUCCUUCCUCAGGUGUGUUUUCUUGCCUAACCAAACAAGCAGCCCAUCUCUACCCCCAUUCUAAUAAUGCUAAUAGACUAAUCUGUUUUUGUAGCUGCUUUGCUGUAGCUGAGUCAAAAGUUGACAGCUUAUGCAAUGGAUAUCUAUAUAUUUUAGACUUGAUAAAAUGUCUCUUAGAAAUAUAUAUAUAUUUGUGAAUAUAGCUAAUGAUUUUUCUUUGUGCUGCUGGGAUUUAAAGUGCAAUUCAAGAAGUCAGAAUUUAAAACAAUCAGGGACUUGUAAGAGAUACGACUCGUUGGUUGUUUUCUUUUCCCCAUGGAGGUGGAUGUGAGAGCACUAGGGAUACAGGUUGGUACUUGCCAUGCCUAACAUACUGAGCCUCCCAGAAAUCAAGAUUUUCAGCAAUUCUAGCCCCCAGAGACUGGAGAAGAUACUGGACAAUAAAAUAGGUAAGAUGAAACUUGAAUAUUUGCAGAUGGAUGGUAGGUUCCUACCAUCCCUUCCUUGAAGGCCCUGGGAAGCAGGCCCUGGUUUUGCCAGUGCUCUGGCUUGUAGCUCUUUUUUUUUUGCCAGUUUUAAAUAGUGCAUUUCAGUUGCUUCCGAUGCGCCUCUGGCUGCAGUCUUCAGUCAGUGUUUUGGUAUCAUUCCUCUUGUUGCUACAGCAGCCCAGCAUGUCUGGCUUUUGAAAAUGUUCUUACACUGAGACACAAGUGUGUGAAGGAAAGUUGCUCAUUCCAUCUUCCCUGCAGGGUCUAGGGCCCUGCCGGCAUUGUUCCUCUGUCUCACCGUCUCCUUGCCAAGGGGAGCUGAUGCUUCUGAAUGCAGGUACUUAAUAGGAACAGUGAGAUCACGGGGAAAAGAAGCAAAAUAUCAACUUGACUGGGAACAAUUUCUACAGUUGCCAGUUCUUUUAUGUUUGUUAUUCUUUAAUAAGAGGUGAGACUUGAGGAAGUCAGUAAUGAAUAUUUAAACAUACUCUGAAGUGGCCAGAUGCAGUUUUUCAUGGGCUUCUGUCCUGGUCAUUUUGAGUCUUUGAAAUCUUGUGUUGAAUUAUAAUGGGAGUAGGGGGGAGGGAGAGGAAAACCAGCUCCUUUUUGUUUCUUACCCUUGUUGGCAAUAAUGAAUGGAAGGAAUUUAAUCCAAUGAAAGUAAUGAAACUUAAUCCCUGCACUGUGUCUUUGUUAACCAGUUCAAAGAACUAUUUUUAAUGCAUUUUAUUCACACCGGGCAGAUGAAUUUCUGCCAUCGCCACCCCCAACUGAAGAUACUUCAAGUGGACUACUUCAGAAUGCACACUAAUGCAGCAGUAACUCUAUCUUGGAAGCUUUCAUUGAUUAUUUCAUUUGCCUGACUGACUAGAGAAUUGGUCUUUUACUGACCUGAACAUUAAGGCGAGAAAGGGUUCUCAUCUAGCCCUCUUGUUGAAUUUUUCUCGUGAGCGUUUGUUUCAGGAAGCCUUAAAGUGCCUUAUGUUUUUUAAAAUAUAUUUUGCUAAAAAUGUCUGAAUGUAGAAUAUCUCUAACAUUAUUUCAUUAUGAGCUGUAAGACAAACUGUAAACACUAAACCAAAAAUGUUAUUUCUAUAGCUGUGUGUGUCCAUUAUUUGCCGACAUCUCGACUCUCGGUAUUGCUGUAGCAGAAUGCUUGCAGAGCAGUGAACAUUACAAAUGGGGCUGUACACAGUCUGGGAAUGGAUUAGUUCUGUUCUGUGCUGUGUGAAACCAACAGUAGGUGAAACUUCCAGAAAGACUGCUGAAACUCUUGGCUAUUGGAGCCCAUUUGUAACGCAUCAGAGAAUGUCAUAAGCAGGACCUUAUUUUGCUUGUGUUCCCAAAAUCUACUCCAUUAUUUAAAGAUAGGAGUAAUUAAAUGACAGGAUCAAUCUAAGCACAAGAGAGGGCAUUGCAUGAUAGAGUUUUCUAGCAAUCUGGAACAACAGUAGUGAAGUCCUUGAAUUGUUUCCCUCUUCCUAAUGCGCUAACUCAGAGACCUAGAAAUCAUUUUUUUAAUGUAAUUUUCUGAUUGUGUUAACUGUGUUCCAUUUCUUGUGUAAUCCCAUGUUUCCUUCUACAUCCUUAAUAGUUUUUUGUGUUCUGUUGCCAAAACGUCUCAGAUCCUGCUGUGCAAUUACCAGAUGUCAGUGCAGGAAUGUGGUAUAUUGGAAAACUGGAUGGUGUAAAACAAGAAUUACUUGAUAUUAACUUAAUCAGGAACUACCUCAGAAGUGGUUCACCUUCAAGUGUAAUGAAAACCUCUCAAAUGGUGCAGCAGCUCCAUUCCAAAUAAAACACUGAGGAAUCCAGUGACCUUUCCUGUAGUAACCAACCUGGGAAUGUUCUUGCCUGUUUUUGUGGCUAAUGCGAAGACACAAGCCACCCUCCUCUGCACCUUUAUAAAAAUAAUACUCCAAGGGAGCCUCUGGUGGUCUCCAGUCCACUCUCUCUAUUUAAGGAGGAAAUUGCAAACGCUGGUUCAGGUCAUGGUGGAUUUUUCUAAGCUGUCCUAGAAACCUCUGGUGACAAAGAGUCUGCUGUCUGCCUGGACUUUGGUGCUAUGAUCUCUUAGUGCAGAAAUCUCUCCAGAUGUUCAACAUCUUUCUGACAGCCUCUCUUCUGCUCUCAGGGAAUGAAUCUCAAACUUCCUUACCUUUUAGCACUAACGAAGUAAGAAGUGUAAAUGAAGCAUGAGGUACGUAGAUGCUUGAAGCAGAUGCUCAGAAUGUCAGAUUGGCAUUUUAGUCUCACGUAGAACUGCUCAGAUCUAAAAGGGAACAUUCUGUUGAUGCUGUGGAAGUGAGCAUCAUGAAGUGGAGAUGUAUAUAUUUCCUUGUGUCCCAGAUAACUAGAGCUAGAUGCAUGCACCUUUUCCAUUGCACUCACCAGCUGCUUAAAGAAUUUAUUGAAGGAAAGGCAGUCCUAGUGCUCCCCACAGCUUGCAGUGAGAAGGACCAGCGUCAUCUGCAACCUUCAGUCACAGUCUGGAGAUGUGCUGUGUCUGUAUCCCUUCCUGAUAGCUCUCUGAUUUCUCAGACGAGAUGUGAGUGCAUGUGUUUGUGUAGAAGAGCUUGCUGCUGCUGCAGCAUCUCCCACCAGUGAGUGCGGUGGGAAUUUUUGGCAUGAAGUUCUAACAGCAGUUGAUGUCCUUUCAGGAUAGAGGGAAAAGUAAUCCACGGUACAGACCAAGUCCCACUUCUGACCAGUAUUUUGUGGUGGGAGUGAGGGCAACUCCAGUUUCAGUUCAGUGACUGGUCGCAGGGAACACUGUGUGCAGAUCUCUUCACCCUCGUCUUUGUCCUGGCCUGGUGCUGCAUUGAUGGCAGCUCAAGGCAUGCUGUCAGACUGCCAAAGGUUUAACGUGUGGUCAGAGUGCCGUCCAGAUGCCCUGUCUGUAACUCCUCCUUUGGCUCUGUGGAAGCAACAGGGUCUGAAGUCAGCAGUAACAAACAAACAGGUAUGCUUAUCCCAAAUAUUAUGCUUGGACCAAAGAGCCUCAGUGCCCUGCAAGACAGACUGCCAUUUGCACAUCUCAAAAGAGUACUGCUGCUGCAUUUGGCAGCAAAUGAUUUCACCAAGCCUUGCUGCUUGCCAGCUGCUUACGUAAAGGAGUGAAGAACAGGUGUGUUACAAGGCCCCUGCUUGUGCUCUGACACAGCCACUGGGGAGCUGCUAAGCUGGGAGGGAAACAAACACUUAAUCUGUGUGGGGAUGUGGUGGCUCACAAGCUGGAGCCUGACAGGUUGGAGCAUCACCCUUUGCACAGUCAGGGGCACAAACAGCUACUGCUGGGAGAAGGAGCUGUAGGGCAGGUGCAGGAUUAUGUUUUAUUUAUUCUGGGGUGUCUCUAAAAGAGUAAAUUCAUAGUAUUGUUUUAGUUGGAAAAGACCCUUAAGAGUCAUCUAGUCCAACUCUCCUGCAAUGAACAGGGACAUCCACAGCCAGAUCAGGGUGCUCAGAGCAAAUUUCAUCUGCAGGGCUUUGCAAAUGGGUAGGAAAAUUCCACCUUAUUAAUAAUGAUUUUCCAUUAUUUGUGGGUGUCUUGGUGUCCAUAGUAAAAAUGACUUUGUAACAAACGUGUGUAAUAAUGUCGAGAAAAUGCUGUGCUUUGUGCCGGAUGAUGUUAUGUGGUUGCUGUCCAUGGACUUCAUUUGUUUAUAAAAUGGCAUUUAUGCCGAGGAGGGCUGUCCUGCUGCUCUUCAGGAAGAAGAGCUGUGUAAGAAGGAAAGCACUGACCAGUCUUUGCCAACCAGACCACGGGAACAGUGUGGAACGGAGUUGGACAGCAGACAUAAAGGGCCUUCUGUUUUCCUUUCGUGGCUCUCUGCCUUAAGGACAGCAGGUCUUUUUUAGAGAUGGGAGACAUCUGGCUUUGGGAACAUCCUUCGUGUCAAGCAAACAGGUCACUGGAGCUUCCGUGCCUCUGUCGGAAGCCAUUUUUGCCACCUAGGGCAGCACAGUUUCUCCACAUUUCCCUGCUCCUUAGCAAAGGGCCCGCAGCGCUCCUUGGGCUUAGCCCUCUGCUCCUAGAUCCUGCCUGGAGGUAGGUACCUGAAAGCACCAGCUGAACUCAGUGCUUUGUGUUCCGUUCUGUACGAUGCUGCUGGAAAGAACAGACCGGAGGAUUUUAAAACAGCCAGUGGAUGAAUGUAAUCAAGCACCCUUUAUUGCAGCCGUCAGGAGCAGCAGUGAAGGGCUGGUUGAAAAACUGUGCGCAGUGUUUUCAUCUUCAAACAAACACAGCACCGUGUUUUGCAAAGUU